AUGGGUCGCUUCCAGCGAGACCUAGAGAAAUCCAUCGAACGCAAGUUCGACUCCUUCCAUGAUAUGUACCUGUAUUCAGUUAAAAACCGUUCGGCAUUCUGGGAAUUCUGCUGGAAGUACUUCCACCUGAUCCACGAGGGCUCCUACACAGAGGUAGUCGAUGAGACCGCUCGAAUGGACAGCGUGCCCGAAUGGUUCACCGGCGUACGUCUUAACUUCGCCGAGAACUUACUUUUCUCGCGCAUUGCCGGCGACAAGACCGGCAAGGAAGACGGCAAGAUUGCCGUUAGCGAAGUUCGAGAAGGCGCUGCACAUGAGGUUGUCCAUCUCACCUGGGGUGAGCUUCGUCGACGGACUGGAGUCCUGAUCCAGGCCAUGAAGGCUCAUGGGGUCGGUCGGGGUGAUCGUAUUGCUCUCUGUGCGGCUAAUAGCAUUGAGACAUUACUUGUGUUCCUGGCGUCAACUGCUCUGGGAGCUAUCUUCUCGUCCAGUUCCACCGAUAUGGGUACGAAGGGUGUUCUGGAUAGACUGGUUCAGAUCAAGCCUCGCUGGUUGUUCAUGGACGAUUUGGCGGUUUACAAUGGUAAGAUCAUUGACCUGCGAUCGAAGAUUAGGGAAAUUGUCCAAGGUAUGGAAUCUGAGUCUGAAUUCGAGGGAGUCAUUGCACUACCUCGGUUCUCUUCACGGCGGGCAGAUAUCAGUUCCAUCCCUAAGACCAAGACUCUGGCGGAGUAUCUCGCCAAAGCGAACGGCAGCGAUAAACUUGAAUUUGAAAGAGUUGGAUUCCGCGAUCCUUUCUUGGUGGUUUACUCGUCUGGCACGACAGGACAGCCGAAAUGUAUCGUCCAUUCUGUGGGCGGCGUGCUUCUAAACUCGAGCAAGGAGGGGAGAUUGCAUAGUGAUCUCGGGCCUGAUUGCGUCACCUUGCAAUACACGACCACUGGAUGGAUUAUGUAUAUGAGUGCCGUUCAGACUUUGUUGUUUGGCGCGCGGGUGGUGUUGUAUGAUGGAAGCCCAUUUAUUCCAGGUAUCACUGCUCUGGUUGAUCUUGCAGCGCAGGAGAAGGUGACCCACCUGGGAAUAUCACCCCGGUGGCUGCAUGAGUUACAACAGGCUAAGAUCAAGCCCCGUGAGAAAGUCGAUCUCAGUUCUUUGCGGAUUGUCACAAGCACUGGUAUGGUCCUACGGGAUGAACUGUUUGAGUGGUUCUAUGACGAAGGGUUCCCAUUACAUACUCGGUUGAAUAAUAUUUCUGGUGGCACUGAUAUCGCCGGAUGCUUUGGAACUGGCAACCCUCUUGCCCCUCUAUAUGUUGGCGGGUGCGCCGGAUGCAGUCUGGGUAUUCCCGUGGAGGUUUACGACUCUACUGUCGAGGGCGGCGAGGGAAUCAAGGGUGUACCCGUGGAGGAAGGUAUUCCGGGCGAACUGGUCGCCACAUCUGCUUUUCCCAACAUGCCCACACUGUUGUGGGGCGACGAGAGCGGGAAGAAGUAUCAUGAUGCGUAUUUUGGAAGAUUCGAUAAUGUGUGGACACACGGCGAUUUCGUUUCCAUCCAUCCAAUCACAAAACAGAUUGUGUUUCACGGACGUGCCGAUGGGGUGCUCAACCCAUCGGGAGUGCGGUUCGGAUCGGCGGAGAUUUAUCGGGUACUCGAAGGACAAUUUUCGAAAGAGAUUGGUGAUUCCAUAUGCGUAGGCCAGCGACGACCGACAGAUACGGACGAGCGAGUGAUGCUCUUUUUACUCAUGAGACCAGGGGUGGCGUUCACACCGGACCUGGUUACACGAGUGAAGAGGGCGAUUCGUACAGAGCUGAGUCCCCGUCAUGUGCCGAUGUUUACGUUCGAGACCCCUGAGAUUCCGACCACGGUCAACCUGAAAAAGGUGGAGCUUCCUGUGAAGCAGAUUGUCUCGGGAAAAAUCAUCAAGCCCUCGGGUACAUUGCUCAAUCCGAAGAGCUUGGACUUUUACUAUCAAUUCGCCAAAGUGGAAACUCUGCGCGAGAGUAAGCUCUGA